UCGGAAUUCUAUUAUUUUAGGAUAACGUUCAUAAAUGUAAGACAAAAUUUUAAGUUAACUAAAAAUAUCAAAAUAAAUCAAAAUUUAAAGUAAUUUUUAUUCCGAUCUACAAGACAGAUUCAGCACGAUGGUGAAAUGCAGGCGGUGCAUACCCUGCGUUGCCGUUAAGACUAGCAAAAGUCGAGAACUCAGGGGUGGAAUUCUUUACACAGACUGUUUCUGUUUGCGACGAAACGGUUUACAAUAUGACUGCAAGAGGAGUGGCUGUCAAAACUCACCAGAAUGUGAACUAAUACCGGCACCUUUAUGUGAACCAUCUAAAGUUGCAUGCCAAACGCAUUGCAAAAACCCUCAUGCUGAAGCAUUGUCGUCCAUUUGCAAAAUGCAACCUCGUAAAUAAGUCUCAAGUGAAUUAAGAUUAUCCCCAGAGUUCAAGAUGGCCCAACCCAAAAUGUUUGAAGAAUUACCAUGAAUAUCAAGCUUUAUUCGUAUACGUACUCUUCAAGAGUACCUCAAAAUACUGUCACAUAAGAAGAUUUUAAAUUCAGAAGACAAAAAAUACAGACACAUCAAAAGAACAAACAUUUUGACAGAAGAAGUUUUGACUUCGACUAUUUCAGAUGUAUUUAAUUUUAUUGUAAAAAAAUUGCAAAUUUCUCAAAAUUCUAAAUUUUUCAAGUGAUUUUUUCUACACAAAUCUUUCUAAUCUUUUCAUGAUUGUAUAAGCUAAAAUAUCAAUAAAUUUUUAGAAAAACCCCCUCCUCCGUAUAAUUUUGUCAUCUUCGGUAGGACUGCGAUUUCUUGAUUUUCCACCAUGUGUACUCCUUGCGGUCCCAUGAUAUGCUACAAAUAUGAAGACUGCGGUCCUCCGAAAGGAAAAGCUUCUGAUGGAGCGGCCAGAGCGGAGGAGGGUGGCGCGGAAAAAAAGGAUGAAAAAGAAAACCAGCUUAAACGAACAAAGAGCCGUGAACUGCGCGGAGGGAUUAUGUACUACAGCUGCCAUUGCAUCAAGCGCAAUGGGCUCCAGCAUGACUGCCGUCGCACUGGAUGUGGCGGCGAGCCGGCUUGCCUAGUCCUGCCGGAUCCACUGUGUGCGCCCAGCCAGUUGGCUCGCGCUCGAGGACUCGCAGAUCCCGAGCCCUUUGCAGCGCAUCUUCGCGCCCAAGGGGGCAAUGCAUCGGGAGGUGCAGCAGAUUCUGGUUCCGGGGGAGGCAAGAGGUUCAUUGUGUGCGAACUCAAGGGUAUCGUCCCAGAUGCUUCCAUGGACAAGUCUGGCAAGUGCUGUUGCUCCUCGUCGGGCGGCGGUGGUGCGUCGAGUAGUGGCGGUCCAGCGGCGGGCCUGCCGGUGUUGGUGAUGAAGCUCUGCUAACGAGUACAACGGCGCACACCGAAGUUCGAAGGCUUAAGAAAAAGUGCAAAAUACUAUUAUAUACCUUACUAAUCGUGAAGAAUAAAAGAUAUUUUUUUUAAA